AUGUCAGAAACAGCAGUUCAACUCCAACUCUCCGCUCCAAAGGGCCGAUUCACUCAAGUCACCAUCCCACGACCGAUCCCCGGCCGGGACGAAAUAUGCAUCCGCACCAAAGCAGUAGCGCUGAACCCACUCGACGCAAAGCAGUACGCCCACGGGCUCCUCGUGCAAUCCUGGCCUGCCGUCCUCGGAAUCGAUGCAUCUGGCAUCGUCGAGUCCGUCGGCGACUCGGUCCAACAAUUUCGACCGGGGGAUGAAGUCUUCGGGUUCUGCGGCAUGGGGAACCGAUCUGCUGCAUUCCAGGAAGUUAUUACCGCGACCUCUGGAUGUAUGGCGAAGAAGCCAGAGAGUCUCAGUUUCGAAGAGGCUGCGUCACUUCCCAUCUGCCAUAUCACCGCCGCAGCAGCAAUCGCAGUCGGUUUGCAGGUGCCGUUACCUCAUCUCGGCUCUACCAGGACUCAAAACAAGACUUUGAAGACCAUCCUCGUACUCGGUGGCAGCUCCGCAGUCGGUGCAGCAGCCAUCCAACUCCUGCGACUGGCUUUACCCACGGCAACAAUCCUCACCACCAGUUCUAAACAGCACCACGCCCACCUCAUCUCCCUCGGGGCAACGCAGUGCUUCGAGCGCUCCGCCCAGGAAAACAUCUCUAUCAUUCAAGCCGCUACGCUGAACUCGGGCGUCGACGCAAUACUCGACGCCGUGGCCGCAGCACAUCAGCCCGCUGUAUUCGGUGUUCUUGAUCCUGUCGGGCCGAAGCUAUAUUCAGAGGUUGCCACCGGGGCAGUAGUUACGGUUCCAGAGGGAGUUAAUGGGACUGUUGUUUCGGGGCAGGAUAUUCUUGGUGUUCCGGGGGGAAGGGAUAUUAUGUCGGCGCUGGCUGGGUUGGUUGAAGCGGGACAGUAUAAGCUUCCGGUGAGAGUUGAGGUUAUUGGGAAGGGGCUUGAGGCGAUUAAGACUGGGUUGGGGAUGCUGGGAGGUGUUAGUGGGACGAAACUGGUUGUUACUUUGUGA